UUGCAAGAAACAAGUUUUCCUCGGCAUUCGCAAAUAGUUUGCAGUGUUUGGAUCAUUGACUGGACAUUCGAGUUUAUCAAAUGCUCAAGCGGUGAUCAGCGCACAAGGAGUAUAGUGCACUGCGGACAAAACAAAAUAUUUGUUAAACAAACCUUGCGUUUUCAAACACUGAAAUUAUUGAAACGAAACAGCCGUCAAAGAAACGCCUGAAAAUGAAAAGUACUGCCAUUCUUAAAUUGCACGUCAACGGGUCGACAUCAUCCAACAAGGAGCAACCACCGCCAUUGGAAGAGUUUUACAAGCAAAUACCGGAGGAUCAAGGAUUUGUACCUAACGAGAAGCAUAUUCAAAAUUCACUAGAAUCCUCCAAUAAACCUGAAUUAGGAGGAGACAUUCCAGAGCAAACAAAAACCGAUAGUGCUGCUGUUACAAAUAAAGAAAACGGGGCAAUGGUGGCGGAACAAAACGGUUUGAACGAUGGCGCCGACGAACAGAUGUUAGGUGGUAUUGAAGACAAUGAGAAAUUGGCCGAUAAGCGUGAAGAAGUAAAGUUUAUCAAAGGAGGUGAUCAUCAAAAUGGUGAUGCGAAGAUUGACAUUGGUGGUGUCAAUGGAAAGGCUUUCACUGGCAUGUCUAAAGAGGAGCUAAUGAAAUACGCCAAUGAUCCAUUUUGGGUGCGUUUGCGUUGGAUUUUUUUCAUUGGUUUCUGGGCAAUUUGGGCUGCCAUGUUGAUCUGCGCCAUAUUAAUAAUUGUCGAUGCUCCAAAAUGUGCCGCACCCGAACCAUUGCCAUGGUAUAAACGUGGUCUGCUCGCUAAAUUCGAUGGACUCGAAGCCAGAAAUAGCGAUAUGCCCGCUGCAAAAGCUGUUGGCGCUUCUGCUGUCAUAUACGAGUUGCCACCUGCACUAACCUAUUUGGUACACACACCAGCAGUUGAGAAUAUACUCAAGCAAAUUGUUGAAAAUUAUAAAAAUUCGGAUAUCAAUGUUGUACUGGACAUCACGCCGAAUUAUGUACCAAGUAAUUCAAGCUUGUUCAGCGAAGCCAAAAGUGACAAAUCAAAGCGUUCGGCAUUCAUAUGGAAGGAGGGUUCGCAAAAUAUCAGCAAUUGGCGUUCACUACAAAAUGCGUCCGCUUGGGAAGAAGUUGAAGCGGGCAAAUUUGUGCUCUCCCAAUUCGGCGUGGGACUAUAUGAUUUGAAAAUGAAUGACAACGUCGUUAAGCAUGAAUUCGAGGGUGUUUUAAAACAUUUACUGGAUUUAGGAAUUAAAGGAUUCCGCCUAAAGAAUACCAAAUUCUUUUUACUCACUGACAACACACCGGAUGAGACUGUUUCUCAGGAAGGCAAUUUCGGUCAUACAGACUACGGAUUUUGGACCCAUACACAUAGCACUUUCCAAGAAGGCCUUGGAGAUUUGUUGUAUGAAUACAAAAUGUACGUAAAGAACAUUUCUGCAGAUGCUUUCUUAGCGGUGGCAGAUGACAUUUUACGACCUGAAGUUUAUCGCACUAAGAAUGACGUAUGGGGCGUAGAUUUACCUAUAUAUGGUCCACUUGUGAACAAUUUGCGUACCGUCUCAAAUGCUACAAAGCUUCGAAGUGAAUUCGAAAACAUUAGAACUGCCGUGGGCAAUGAUACUUGGUUGCAGUGGAAUUUCGCAGAACAAUCACCAGUUGAUAAUCUGCAAAGCAAUCCUUCAGCGAUUGCGUUAUUUGUAUCUUUAUUGCCGGGAGUACCAGUUGUGGCAACGUCCAAUACAUCAUUUUUCAAGGAUAUGAAACCAGAAGUUUAUGAUGUAAUAAAGCAAUUGCGUUUGUCACCAUCUUAUAUGCAUGGCGAAUAUAAUGUCUUUCCUAUAGAAGGGCUGUUUGCUUAUUCCAGAAUAAAGUCUGGUAAUCCAGGUUACUUCGUCGCUUUCAAUCCUUCAAAUGCAACUGUAAAAGGCGAAUUCGUACACCCUUCUUUGCCAGACAAAAUGUCGGUGUAUGCACUCAGUGACAACUAUAAUAUUUCGGGCAUUACCGUCAAAUCUAAAGUUGAAACCAACUCUGUAGAGGUACCACCUGAGGCUACAAUAGUACUCACUUAUGUGCCUGUACAAUCAGGUUAAUUCCUCAAUGGAUGCAAAAUCCUAAAUGUCACAUAUAUUAGAAUGAAUGUGACAAUAUUAAAGAUAUGAAAAUAUUACGUAUAUAAAUACUGCUGAAAGUUAAUCAACGUUAUGCAUAAAGUAAAAGCUUACAUACAUAAAAAGUAUUUGUUUCAAAGUUGAAAAAACAAUUUAAAUAUUAAAAGCAUUGCAAAAAUAA